CGCCACUCUACAUAGAAAGAUGGUUACAAUUGGGACAGCAAAUGCUGUCGCCUAAGACAACCCAGCCAAGAAAGGCUCACAGGUAUUCAGCAAGGCUUAAUCAAAGCUUAGCCCACCAUCUGGCUCAGAAUGAAGCUGCCUAGGAUAUUCCUGUGUCUUAUUAUCCGUACGACAAUCGGAGAAUACUACCAUUGCACCUCAUGUGCAACCGUCAUACGUAGCAGCCAUCCGAGAUCAAGCUACCAGGAUUGGGUCGAAAUGAGACACAAGACACCUCACUGCAUGGUGAAAUGUAUAGCUCGCUGUAAGGACGCAGUAUAUAAUGACUUGAGGCGUAUCUCUUCACCCCGUUUGUCACUGUCUUUUUCUAUUCAGCAUCGUUCUCUUUGCUACCUACUCUACCGAUACUACGAUUUAUGAGAACAUGGCCUUCCUCGACUUCCUCAAGUCUUCUAAGAAAGACUCGGUCUCGGACUCCGGUUCCCAGCAGAAAGAGCCCACUUGGGACGCCGAGACCCUGACUGUGCGACAGCCUGUUAGUCCGGAGGCUCCUUCUGCUGGUAAUAACCAGGUGGAGGAGUCCCAGAGGGUAAUGUCUCUCUUUCUCCAUCUACCCACACUCACAGAUUCUUACCCUGUACACUCGUGAGCAUGUGAGAUUAUCUAUCUCACAAUAUCUACAGCCGAAAGAAACAGAUUUCCAGCUGCGAGGCGGUGGUGCGGGCGACGUCUGCUGUGGAAUGUGUACUGGUCUUCUCUGCUUCGAGUGCUGUGAGGAAUGUUGUUAGGAUCGGGAUUUGGCAUAUAGGAGUGUUGUUUUGUCGAUGUCUUCUUGGAUAGGAGGUAGGAGGGCAAGACUGUAAGCGUUUAGCUGUGUUUGGGGAAAUACUCUGGUAUUUUGCUGCUGGAAGCCAGG